UUUUUCUUUCUUUCUUUCUUUUUUUUUUUUUUUUAACUUUUACAUACUUUGUUUUGAUCAUCUGAGGCUGGGCCUCACAGUCUUUGUGAAGUUUGAGAAGAGCCAGGAGCUACUCAGUAAUAAUUGAUUUUUUGAAACGUACUCUUUUGGGGCAAAAGCAAAGAGCUGGUUUUCUGUGUGAGCCCAAUAAAUGCUAUUUAUGAAGAUGGACCUGUUGAACUACCAGUACUUGGACAAGAUGAACAACAAUAUCGGCAUUCUCUGCUACGAAGGUGAAGCUGCUCUCAGGGGAGAACCCAGGAUGCAGACCCUCCCUGUGGCGUCUGCCCUCACCAGUCACCGCACAGGCCCUCCGCCCAUCAGUCCCAGCAAGCGGAAGUUCAGCAUGGAGCAAGGGGACGACGACCUCGACUGUGAAAACGACCAUGCUUCUAAGAUGAGUCGCAUCUUCAACCCCCAUCUGAACAAGACUGCCAAUGGAGACUGCCGAAAAGACCCCCGGGAACGGAGCCGCAGCCCCAUCGAGCGUGCCGUGGCCCCCACCAUGAGCCUGCACGGCAGCCACCUGUACACGUCCCUCCCCAGCCUCAGCCUGGAGCAGCCGCUCGCCCUGACCAAGAACAGCAUGGACGCCGGCAGGCCGGCUGGCAUCUCGCCCACGCUGACCCCAGUGGAGCGGCAGCAGAACCGGCCUUCGGUGAUCACGUGCGCCUCGGCCAGCACCCGCAACUGCAACCUCUCCCACUGUCCCAUUGCGCACAGCGGCUGUGUGGCGGCCGGGCCAGGCAGCUACCGGAGGGCCCCGAGCUCCACCACCACCUGCGACCCCGUGGUGGAGGAACACUUCCGCAGGAGCCUGGGCAAGAACUACAAGGAGCCUGAGCCAGCGCCCAACUCAGUGUCCAUCACAGGCUCCGUGGACGACCACUUUGCCAAGGCCCUGGGUGAUACGUGGCUUCAGAUCAAGGCGGCCAAGGACGGCGCGUCCAGCAGCCCCGAGUCAGCCUCGCGCAGGGGCCAGCCGGCCAGCCCCUCCGCACACAUGGUCAGCCACAGUCACUCCCCCUCUGUGGUCUCGUGAAGGGAGCGCCACCCUCAAACAAGAUGUCAAUCUGCAUGGUUUGCCUGAGCUUUGAACAGUCAGUGCUUAAAAAAAAACACAAAAACAAAAAAAAAAAUUGUCGGGGUGGGGUAGGGGGAAGGGUAGGGAGGGGAUGGUUUAUUCGCAAAAACCAUGUCGUUGGAUUUUUGUUCUGUUUUCGUACUUGCUUGGUAUUCAUACCCGGGGGCCUCAAACUCGAUACCGGGAGCUGCCCGUGGACCAUCUAACGUAGCGUCCUGCCUUCCUGCCUCAGUUACCAAAGAAACCUCUGAUGCAGGUCUGCUGCCCCAUCAGGGGCCAGGACUCCACGGCGCACGCUUUCUCAGUCACAAGCCAUGACGUUGGUGACCCAGAUGCUUCGUGCUUUUCCAUUUGCUUCUCGAGACCGGGGUGUGUGUGUGGCUUCGCUUCCAUUGCGUGUUUGGUCCGGGCCGCAUGUGAGUGCGUCUGCGUGCGUGCAUCUACUUGAAGAGAACAGAGAACUGUCGCGUCUGAUUUGCACUACUGGAGGAGGCGAAAGUUGCCCGCCUGACAGCUUUCUGUGAGAUGCUAGUGCUCUGAGGGCAAACUGCUGAAAAACAAAGGGUUUAAGGAUGACAUUUCUGACCAUUUGUGUGUUGUUUGUUUUUUUUAAAUUUAGACAAAACAGCUUUGGAAGGGGAAGUCUCAUACAGGUUAUAGGUCUUUCUCUCUAGAUUUCAGGUGCUUGCAACUGGACUGCAGACUCUACCAAUCACGGGCAUUCUCCCUUUCCUAAACACUGCAGUUUGUUAGACUAGAGCUGAGGUUGGAGGAUUCUGUAGUGCUUUCAACGUGAUGCAUGUUUUAAUGGAGAAAAAUAGCUGGUUUCUAUUAAUUGUAUAGAUAUAGUAAACAAGAACCUUAAUACUUACUAGCUUCUUUUCAGAAUUAGUUUAUUUUUGUCAUUUACAGUCCUAGAUAUACUUACUGCUGGUACAGUUGUACUCUGAGAUUUGUUUGAUAUUCACAUUACUCCUGAGUCAUGUGGGGCUGGCAGGCCCUGGAGACGGGCAGGCCAGUCGUGGGUCAGCCGCCGUGUAGGAUGCUGGAGGUUUUGGCUGCCAGCUGACGUUUAUUUUUUGCAUCCCUGUCUGCUUAUUACUAGCUACCAGGGGAGUUGGGGUUUGUGUCUUCCAACUUCCCUCCAUGCAGAAACUGCUCCCUUUCAACCCUCUUGGCUGAACAGAUUACUGACAAUCUGUGAUAUGGUAUUUUGUGUGCUUCCUCGUACGCUGGGGCCAAGGCAGUAUACAUUCCUCUGACUUUAUACAGUUAUCACUGCAUUUAUUAUCGUUUGCUAGAGUAAUAGCUACUAACUAGAAAUUAGGCGAAGAAGAAAGCAUGACGGACACAGCUGUGGAUGUUCAACAGCUGCUCCUCUUUUUGGUAAAUGUACAUUUCUAUCCCCCCCACCCACCCACCCCCGGCCCGUUCCAGCCUCUAGAAUGCCACCAGAGGGCUUACAAAGUUGCCUGGCCAGGUGACAACAGGUGCGCCCGCCUCCCCUGUGAGGCACUGUGGACGCCCGGGAGCCCUCGAGGCUGGUUUUCUGUAUAAGAAAAACACAGGUUAGCUGGUUAAUUGUAAAAAUUGUCACUGGGCAGAAAGGUCAGCAGAUCGGCUCUUGUGGUCCCAGGGUGGCUGCAGGUCUUUCCACAGGCAGAAGAAAAGCCCUUCUCCUCUUGCCCCUGCACACAUUUCACCCCCACAUAACUGGGCUUCCAGGCUUUCGCAUUCGGGCCCCUAUAUUUUCUGUAGGAAAAAUCGGUGAGAACACUUUUUUUAUAUAGGUAACUUUAAGACCAUCAUUACGCUGUGCGUAAAGAAUGUACAGAGAAAUUUGUAGGUAUUUUUUGAAGAACAAUUAAUUUGUUAAUGAUAUGUAGCUAUUUAAUUUCCCCGUUCCCAUUGUAAUCAUUCAUAUUUUUUUU